AUGGAAGGAAGAGCAAUGAUGUUGUUGGCUUUGGCUUUGGCUUUGGCUUUGAUUGCUUGCUCCAACACUUCCUUGGCAGAUGCCAAAUACUACUCAAAAACCCGUCCAUAUACUCCCAUGAAGAACAAAAUCACUAAUCUCCACUUCUAUUACCAUGACACCCUCAGUGGUCCAAACCCUAGUUCAGUCUUGGUUGCCAAACCCAAAAACACUACCAAACCCAAAAUUGCACCGUUUGGUUCGCUCUAUGCAAUCGACGAUCCUCUCACCGUUGGCCCCGAUCCAGCCUCAAAAGUAAUCGGGAGGGCACAAGGGCUCUAUGUGUCUUCUAGCCAAGAGACAACAACAUUAGUGAUGUAUGUUGAAUUUGGUUUUACGGCCGGAGAGUUUAAUGGGAGCUCUAUCAGUGUAGUUUCGAGGAAUCUAGUGGAGAACAAGGAACGCGAGGUCGCUGUGGUUGGAGGAAGAGGGAAGUUCAGGAUGGCUCAAGGGAUCGCUCUGCUUAAGACAUACUCUUUGAAUCCUUCCACCGGUGAUGCCAUUGUUGAGUAUAAUGUCACAGUGGUUCAUUACUAGGCCUAGUAAGCUAGUUUAUAAAUUAAAUAAUGGAUUGUGGUCGUGGGUUCCAACCAAUGUCAUUAAAAAAAAAAGUUCCUAAUUUGCAUUGGUACUGUUAAUCAAACCGUUCGUGCAUGCAUAUCGAUCCUAAUCCAUG